AUGGUUGACUACAACUUCGCCAAAAGGACUCGGACCAAACCAUCUUCGCAGCCAACAACCGCCGCUGAACACACUUCCACAGACAGCCAAGUAAACGAGCUACAAGAUGGGGUUGCAAAAGUGGCGGGGACAUUGUCCAUAUCUUCUGCUUCUGGGAAUUGGCAGCACAAGUACUCAACCCCACGCUGGGGAGCAAGCUUGAUCCCUCGUCUCCAGCAUCUGGCACGCGAGUCUGGGUAA